AUGGCGGAGACCACGUGGGACAAAAAACUCAAAAGCUUACUAGACAAUUAUUUUUCACAAUUUAAGCAGAUAAUUCAAGCGGUGUUUGAGACGGGACUUCCAUCUAAUACACACUCUGAAUAUCUGAAGAAGUCGUUGGGCUCUCUUGAGGAUAACCUAUACUAUCACUCUGUAUCUCACUUUUCUGAGGCCGGGACAAAUGAAAAGGAUCUAUCAGAUAGUUUAAUUUUCCAGAAUCAAAGGACUGCAUACAUCACAUAUUGUGAUUUUAAUGAUAAUACAAGACCUUUUUGCGACUGGAAACAACAUUGCGAAGGAAAUGAUGAUGCAGAUUGGAUUAGAGCCAAAAGUACUACUCCAACACAUGAUACUGGUCCAAAUGGGGAUUAUCCUGAUGGAAAUGGAUAUUUUAUCUAUAUGGAAGCAACCAACCUUGUCCCGCGUGAUGCAGUCUGGCUUGAUAGCUCAGUUUUUAACAUCAGUGGCGAUGUGUGUGUAGACUUUUUUUACCAUAUGUCUGGUUCAGAAAAUACAAAUGAAUUGAAGGUUCUAGUCAAGGAUCACACAGGUCAAUUUGUUUAUUGGAACAGAAUUGGAAAUCAAGGCACCUCGUGGUUAUAUGGCUCAUUCACAUUUUCAUCUUCAGGACAGAGGAGUAUUCAGGUCACCUUUGCGGCAAUUCGAGGAUUAACAGAGUAUGGCGAUAUAGCUAUUGACAAUAUAGGAGUGAAAAAUGGACCUUGUGAUUCCCCAACAACAUUUGCAACAACAAAGAUACAUACAACAACUACAACCGUAAAACCAACAGCACCACCAGAUAUAACAGGAGGAACAUGCAGUGGAUAUGGUGAUCCUCAUUACCUAACUUUUGAUAAUUAUGCUCACACGUUCAUGGGGAACUGCACCUACACUCUUACAAAGCUAUGUGAAGCCAACAGCACUUUACAGCAUUUCAAUGUUGAAGUUGAUCAUGAGUACAGAGGAGGAAACCUGCAUGUUUCAUAUGUCAAGCAGGCAACAGUGUAUGUUUAUAACUACAGUAUAAGCCUAGAGAAGGGAAGACUUGUAAAGGUGAAUGGAGUUCUGCAGAAGCUUCCACUGAGCUUGCCCCCUGAUUUGUCUAUCAGUCUAACGGGUCAAUAUGUUGUUGUGACUGCCCAUUUUGGUUUAAAAGUAAAGUACGAUGGUAACCAUAGAGUGGAAGUGACACUUUCUAAUAAGUACCAAGGCAAAGUGUGUGGCCUCUGUGCAAAUUUCAAUGGAAAUCAUUCUGAUGACAACCUCAAUCCUGCUGGAAUAAAAGAGCCCAAUUCUAUUAAUUAUGGCAACAGCUGGCAGGUCAACAACAGCUUAAGCUGUUCAUCAGAUGCAGGUCACACACCCCAGUGCACAGAUGAAGAAAAACUUGUUAUUGAAAGCAACCAGGCCUGUGGCAUAAUAGUCUCAACUGGUGGCAUAUUCCAAAACUGCCAUCUGAUAGUAGAUCCGAAUGAAUACUUUGGGAAUUGUUACUAUGACAUGUGUGAGUUUAACUUAAACCCAGAGAUUCUCUGUAACAGUCUUCAGGCAUAUGCAGAUGCUUGUCAAGCAGCAGGUGCCACAGUCCUUCCAUGGAGAAAUGAAACCUUUUGUCCUCUUCUGUGCCCUUCAAACAGUCAUUCUGAGCAUUGUGGCUCUGCCUGUCCAGCUACUUGUGUCAACCCAGGAGCACCAUCUAAUUGCAACCUUCCCUGUGUUGAGGGAUGUGUUUGUGAUCCAGGAUACAUUCUAUACAACAAUAAGUGUGUUCCAAGUCACCUUUGUGGAUGUUGGGAUGGUGACAUUCAUUAUCCUGUAGGUUCAGAAUUCUGGACUGAUGAGGCUUGUUCUACAAAAUGCACAUGCCCAUCAAUAGGUGGCAGUUUAAUCUGCACUCCUGCUUCAUGUCCAAGUAACCAAUACUGUAGUGUAGUAAACGGAGUUCCUGGCUGUAAAGAUCACACAUUUGGUGAUUGUAUAAUACAUGGUGAUCCUCACUACUAUACAUUUGAUAAACACACUCAUCACUUCAUGGGAAUUUGUACCUAUACACUGUCCAAACUUUGUAUCAAUACUUCUUUGCCAUAUUUCAAUAUUGAAGCAAAGAAUGAACACCGUGGAAACCCCUCAGUGUCUUAUGUACAAAAAGUCAUCACAGAUGUUUACAAUCAUAAAAUAACAAUUGUAAGAAAUGAACCAAGCCGUGUCAUGGUGAAUGGUAUUUGGGCUACUCUGCCAGUAACAUUGGUUAAUGGGUCACUGACAGUGACCAGAAGUGUAAGAUAUGUUGUUUUGGAGACUGAUUUCCUGCUAAGAGUCUCUUAUGAUAAUGAUCAUACAGUGGAAGUAAGGGUUCCUAAGACCUAUUUCAAUGCAACAUGUGGUAUGUGUGGAAACCUAAAUGGCAUCAUAGAAGAUGAAAGCAUGAUGCCCAAUGGUCAGCAAGCCCAGAAUACAAAUCAGUUUGGUGACAGCUGGAAAGUGGAUGACGAUGAUCCAUCAUGCAAUUUAAUUGUUCCUAUACCACCACCAAUUUGUCCACAAGAAAAAGAAGAUCUUUAUGAGACAGAUGUAUUCUGUGGUCUCCUAACAAGUGAAAAUGGUCCAUUUCAAGCAUGUCACUCUUUAAUUAAUCCAGCAAGCUUCUUGGACAGCUGUGUCUUUGAUCUAUGUGCUCUAGAUGGCAGCAAAGAUGCUCUUUGUACUGCUUUGGAAGCUUAUGCUGAUGCAUGCCAAAGGGUGGGAGUUACUAUUUCUUGGAGAAAUUCAACUUUCUGUCCACUUAAAUGUCACAUUAACAGUCACUAUGAAGUGUGUGCAAGUGCUUGUCCAGCUACAUGCACAAACCAAAAUGCAUCAAACACCUGCAAUAGGCCAUGCAUGGAAGGAUGUGAGUGUGAUGCAGGCUUUGUUCUUAGUGGAGGAUCUUGUGUUUCUGUUAGUAACUGCGGAUGUAUUUACAAUGGCAAAUAUUAUGAGGUUGGGGAAUGUGAAAGCCAGUGUAAAUGUAUUGGAAACAACACUGUGAGUUGCAUUACUGAGCCGUGUGGACCUCAUCAAGUAUGUAAAGUUCAGAAUGGAGUUCAAGGAUGCUUCCCAGCUGGCACUACCAUCUGCCAUAUUUAUGGUGACCCACACUACAUAACAUUUGAUGGAAAAUUGUAUCAUUUCCAAGGAUCUUGCAAUUACACAGUUGUAGAAGCCUCCAGGAAUGAGCACAGAGGGAGUUUGUCUUGGACAGCUUUGAAUUCAGUUGCUGUUAACAUUGGUAACUUACGCAUUAUUUUAGGAAAGAACAAAAUUGUGCAGGUGAAUGAAGUUAUUGUUUCUUUACCUAAUCCCUGGACUGGAAUCUCUUUAACUAUUAGCGGCUCCUAUGUUGUUCUACAAACUGAUUUUGGCCUUGAAGUUAAAUUUAGCGGGGACCAUGAUCUUUUUGUUCAAGUCAAUGAAAAAUAUAAAAGGCAGCUCUGUGGUCUUUGUGGCACAUAUAAUGAAAAUAUAUUGGAUGAUUUCCUAAAGCCUGACGGUUUAAUAGCACAUACCUCAAAUGAAUUUGGAAAUAGCUGGCGUGUUCCUGAUGAUGCCUGGCAUUAUGAGGAUGAAUGUAAAAUCAUCUUCUUAAAUGAUGGACCUUUCAAAGACUGUCAUUUCUAUGUUCUUCCUCAAUUAUAUUUUGAAACAUGUGUCUAUGAUCAGUGUGCCACUGGAGGGAACCUUGGUCAGUUUUGCAAUUCUUUAGAGGCUUAUGCUGAUGCUUGUCAAAAUGCUGGUAUUCAUCUUGGAGACUGGAAAAAAGACACUAUCUGCAUUGAUACCUGUCAAAUGGCAUGUUCUUUUGAUGUGGACCUUUGUAAAUGGCAACAGUCAACAUCAGAUAAGAUUAACUGGAUACGACUGAGUGGCCCAACACCAGCUGAGUUAACUGGACCUUCUUUUGAUCACACAACUGGAACUGGUUUCUACCUGUAUAUUGAUAGCACUUCCUCAAGACAUUUCGAUGUUGCACAAUUAAUUAGUCCUGAAUGUGAAAUAAGUGGCACUCACUGCUUCCGCUUCUGGUAUCAUAUGUAUGGCACUUCUGAAGAGAUGGAGUUAAAGGUUUCUAUUCUUACGGAAAAUGGCUUAGAAGAUGUCACCUAUUUAUAUGGCAACUACGAGGAUGUGUGGCACUUAGAGGAGAUUCUUCUAUUAAAUGGAGAGAAGUUUCAGAUCAUUAUCAGCGGAACUAAAGGUGAAACUGAACGCAGUGAUAUAGCUAUAGAUGACAUUUCUCUUGUACCAGGGUACUGUGUAGGUCCUUCAACAUCAACCUCCAGCACUGUUACCACUGCACGUGCCACCGCCAGUUUACCCACUCCCAGCAGUGUCAAUCUCCCAAGUGCCUCAACAGUUUCAACCACACCCAGUCCAGUCCCACCCUCAUUAGCUGUCCCUACAUCAUCACCAAUAAUUAGCAUUAUUAGCACAACAACCAUAACAACACCAACCACAGUUUCCAGUCAUAGACCACCAUCAGUUGAUACCUGUCAAAUGGCAUGUUCUUUUGAUGUGGACCUUUGUAAAUGGCAACAGUCAACAUCAGAUACGAUUAACUGGAUACGACUGAGUGGCCCAACACCAGCUGAGUUAACUGGACCUUCUUUUGAUCACACAACUGGAAGCACAGCUGGUUUCUACCUGUAUAUUGAUAGCACUUCCUCAAGACAUUCAGAUCUUGCACAAUUAAUUAGUCCUGAAUGUGAAAUAAAUGGCACUCACUGCUUCCGCUUCUGGUAUCAUAUGUAUGGCACUUCUGAAGAGAUGGAGUUAAAAGUUUCUAUUCUUUCGGAAUAUGGCUUAGAAGAUGUCACCUAUUUAUAUGGCAACUACGAGGAUGUGUGGCACUUAGAGGAGAUUCUUCUAUUAAAUGGAGAGAAGUUUCAGGCUGCUUGCCGCUUUGUAUGGAUUCGACCUCCCGAGAAUUCUAAGUUGGGCUAUACUGCCUGCAGUAGAUCAAGAUCGGGUCGAGGGGGCAAUAAGGCUGCAGAAACAAUCACUGCUGGAUCCCCACUCUGCGCCCUCAAUACAGCACUGGCUUCCGUGCGCCUUUCUGCAAAGCGCACCAGCCCAAAUAAAAUGUGGCUUACCAGCUUCGGCUCUUCCGAUGUGGAUCCUAUCAUUAUUAGCGGAACUAGAGGUGAAACUGAACGCAGUGAUAUAGCUAUAGAUGACAUUUCUCUUGUACCAGGGUACUGUGUAGGUCCUCCAACAUCUACCUCCAGCACUGUUACCACUGCACGUGCCACCGCCAGUGUACCCACUCCCAGCAGUGUCAAUCUCCCAAGUGCCUCAACAGUUUCAACCACACCCAGUCCAGUCCCACCCUCAUUAGAUCCAGUGACUUCAGAAACUACCAUAAGAACAGUUUCAACUCAAAAACCUGCAUCUUCAGUUGCAGCACCACCACUUGAACUGUUUCUACUAGAAACACAACUGAAAUUUACCACAGCUACCCCUAUUUCUGUCUCUGCUUCCCCAGGCUCCUCUACUCAGAGUACUUCAAGGGCAACUUCUUCAGGGUCCAGUGCUUCUACAAUCUCAAGCCACACAAGUGAUAUUACUUCAGGAACUGCAAAUACCAUUAGUACUUCAAGAAGCACAGCUUCUACAGUUUCAGGCUAUUCAACUGACAGUACCUCAGGGACAGCUACUACUUCAGUGACUACAACUACCUCUUCAGGGACCACAACUUCCACUAUUUCAGGCCAUACAACCGACAUUACUUCAGGGACCACAAUAACUACUACAUCAGGGUCUACUGCUUCUACAGUAUCAGGCCACACAACUAAUAUAACUUCAGGGACCACAACUCAUACUACUUCAGGAACAACAACUGCUUUGACUUCAGGAAUCACAGAUUCUACAGUUUCUGACCUUACAGUGUCCAUACCUCAUACCUCAGGUACUGCAGGUUCUACAGUCUCAGGCCACACAACUAGCAUUAUUUCAGGGACCACUGCUACCACUAGUUCAGCAACCACAGCAACUACAAUUUCAGAUCUUACAACUGACAUUACCUCAGGGAGCACAACCUCUACACUUUCAGGUCAUACAAUUGAUAUUACCUUAGGAACCACAGCAUCAGGAAUCACAUAUUCCAUUACUUCUGACCACACAACUGACAUAACAUCAGGGACCACACCUACUACUAACUCAGGUUCCACUACUUCUAUAAUCUCAAGACACACAAGUGAAGUUAGCUCAGGAAUCCCAACUACAAUUAAAACAGAAACCACAGAUUCUACUGUUUCACACCACACAGCUGGUGUUACUUCAGGGUCCAUAACUCUUACAUCAGGUACUUCCGGUAAUACAGUUUCAGGACUCACUACUAGCAUUAUUUCAGGUACCAGCACAACUACUACUUCAGCAACCACAGAUUCUAUAAUUUCGGGCCACACAACUGGCAUUAAUUUAGGGACAACAACUACUACUACCUCAGGGUCCACUGUUUCUACAAUCUCGGGCCACACAAGUGAUGUUAGCUCAGGAAUCACAACUACAACAACACCAGGAACCACAAGUUCUACAGUUUCACACUACACAGCUGAUGUUACUUUAGUGCCCAUAACUCCUACAUCAGGUAUUACAGGCACUACAGUUUCAGGACACACUACUAGCAUUAUUUCAGGGACCAGCACAGCUACCACUUCAACAACCACAGAUUCUGCAAUUUCAGGUCAUACAAGUGACAUUACUUCAGGGAUAGCAACUACUUCACCAGGGACCACAAAUUCCAUUAGUUCAGGCUACACAACUGACAUAACUUCAGGGAGCCCAACUACUACUACCUCAGAGUCCACUGAUUUUACAGUUUCCGGUCACACAACUGACAUUACCUCAGGGAGUUCAGCUUCCACAAUUAUUAGCCAUACAGCUGUAACAGGAAGCUCUACUUCUAUACAGUCAGGUCAUACAACUGAUAUCACUUCAGGGCCCACAUCUAGUUCUUCAGGAACCACAGCUAACAUUAUUUCAGGUUAUACAACUGACAUUACUUCAGGAACUACUAUUUCAAGCUCUCUCGCUUCUACAAUCUCAAAUAAUAUUACUUCAGGGACCACAAAAACUACUAUUUCAGAAACCACAGGUUCUACAAAUUCAGACCACACAGGUAGAUUUACUUCUGAGACCACAGAUUCCCUAAUAUCAGGUCAAACAACUGACACUACUUCUGGAUCAAUUUCUUCAUUAACCACAAGUUCUUUAAUUUCAGGACAUACGACUGACAUUACUUCAGGGACCACAGCUUCUACAGUUUCAGAUCAAACGAGUAAUGCUACUCCUGAGACUGUAAUUACUACUACGUCAGGGGCCAUAGCUUCUACAAGUCCAGAAUAUAUUACUGACAUUACCUCAGGGAUGACAAUUACUAUUACUUCAGGUGCCACAGGAUCAACCAUUUCAAGUCAGACAACUGAUCUUACUUCACGGAACAUAACUACAGGCACCUCAGCCUCAACAGCUGCAAGCUACACAACUAUUACUGAUAUUACUAAAGAGACUAUAACUGCUACUACUUUAGGGAUAACGGCAUCGACCAUUUCAGGCCCUCUAACUGACAUUACUUCAGAGACGCCAACUGUUGCUACACCAGGGACCAUAGCUUCCACUAUUUCAGGUACCUCAUCUGAUAUUAGAACAUCUGGUUCUUCAGUGACAACUACAACUCCGGGCAUUUCAGCACCACAAUGUCCACCAAACAGUCAUUAUGAGCAGUGUGGCACUGCCUGUCCAGCUUCUUGUGCCAACCCAGGAGCACCAUCUAAUUGCAACCUUCCAUGUGUUGAGGGAUGUAUCUGUGACCCAGGAUAUCUUCUGAAUGGCAACAAAUGUGUUCCAAGUGACAAAUGUGGAUGUUGGGAAGGAGAUAAGCAUUAUCCAGUAGGGUCAGAGUUCUGGUCAGAUGACACGUGUUCUUCAAGAUGCACAUGUCCAUCCCCUGGCAGCAGUAUAGUCUGCUCCAAUGCAUCAUGUCCAAGUAACCAGUACUGUGGUAUAACAAAUGGAGUUCCUGGUUGUUAUUUCUAUACAUACGGCAUUUGUAGAGUCCACAAUGAUCCUCACUAUGACACAUUUGACAGACAAAAUCAUAAUUUUAUGGGACUUUGUACUUAUACGCUGGCAAAACCCUGUAAUAUUUCAACAUCUCUUCCAUAUUUUAAUGUUGAGGCAAAGAAUGAACAUCGUGGUGAUCCAUCAGUGUCGUUUGUGGAAAAGGUCUUGGUAGAAGUUUAUGAUCAAAAAGUACAAAUUCUGAGACAUGAACGAAACCGAGUAUUGGUCAAUGACAUCUGGACCACACUUCCGGUGACCUUAGUUGGAGGAUCCGUAAAGGUGAGGUGGACUGGGAAAUAUGUUACUCUAGAGACUGAUUUCAGAUUGACAGUCUCCUAUGACACUGACACUUCAGUAGAAGUAAAGGUUCCCAGUACUUAUUCCAAACAAACUUGUGGAAUGUGCGGCAACUUUAACAACCGUAAGCAAGAUGACUUCAUGAUGCCAAAUGGACAGCAAGCUAAGAACUCUGAAGAGCUAGGUCACAGCUGGAUUGUAGAUGAUGGCGAUCCCCUGUGUCAUCCUGAUGACCCUGAGCCUACACCAUUGCCUCCAUGUUCACCAGAAAAAGAAGAGCUGUAUAAGAGUGAUGGAUUCUGUGGUCUCUUAACAAGUAAAGAUGGUCCUUUCCAAAUGUGUCAUUCAGUGGUCAACCCCUCAGGAUUCUUUGAAAGCUGCAUGUUCGACCUUUGUGCUUUGGAUGGUGAUAAAAAUAUUCUGUGCAGUUUGUUAUCAGCUUAUGCCGAUGCUUGUCAGAAAGAAGGAGUUUUAAUUAACUGGAGAAACAUCACACACUGUGAACCCAAAUGCCCACUCAAUAGCCAUUACAAUGCUUGUGCAUCUGCCUGCCCGGUCACAUGUCUUGAACCAAAUGCUCCGGAUAAUUGUAGUUUGCCAUGUACCGAAGGCUGUGAAUGUGAUGAGGGAUAUGUUAUCAGUGGAGGGACUUGUGUUUCUAAGUCCAACUGUGGAUGUUGGUAUAAUGAGACAUAUUAUGAUAAAGGAGAAAGCUUCCUAAAAGAUAACUGUGAAAACAGGUGUGAAUGUCAAGGAAACAACAACAUGGUCUGUGUUCCUGUGUCUUGUGCUGAGGGUGAAAUAUGCAAAGUUGAAAAUGGCUCAUUGGGUUGUUACCGACCAAGCAUUGCAAUUUGUCACAUUUAUGGUGACCCUCAUUAUUCAACCUUUGAUGGGACACUUCAUCACUUCCAAGGAUCUUGUAAUUACACAGUGGCUGAGACAUGUGUCAAUACAACAAACAACUUUAUUGUCACUACACGUAAUGAACACAGAGGUUCCCAAAGCUGGACUGCAAUCAAUUCUGUUGCUCUCACUGUGGAUGGGGUGCACAUCUUACUUGACAAAGGCAACUCUGUAUAUGUUAACAACAUUUCAGUUACUCUUCCUGCUAAUGUGUCCGGAAUAGAUAUUGUACAAAAUGGUCAGUAUGUCAUUAUUACUACAAGCUUUGGUCUCCAACUUCAGUUUAAUGGUGAUCAUGAGCUUUUUGUCAAAGUAUUAGAAAUAUAUAAAGGGACACUGUGUGGAUUGUGUGGGACAUACAAUGAUGACAGACAUGAUGAUUUCACAAUUCCCAAUGGCACUGUAGUGACUAAUGUUAACGACUUCGGUAACAGUUGGAGAGUUCCGGAUGACGAAUGGAUAUGUGACUCUACUCCUCCAACUCCUCCUACAUGCCCACCCACUUUACAACAAGAGGCUGAAGGAAAGUGUUGGAUUCUAAAAGAUGUUAAUGGUCCAUUCAGACCAUGUCAUAAAUAUCUACGACCAAACCAAUACUUUGAGAGUUGCAUUUUUGAUUACUGUGGCACUGGAGGAAGUGAUGACCUUCUUUGUGAAGCCUUAAAGUCUUAUGCAGCAGCCUGUGAAGCUUUAGGGGUUUCUCUUGGACACUGGAAGAAUAAUACCAUAUGUGAUCCAAAUAGAACAACUAUGUCACCACCUGAAACUUUGCCAACAGAGACUGUAACAGAUGUUUCUUCAGCCACUCCUGUAGCUACAUCCAGUCACAUAACACCUGAUUCAAAACCAGUCACGUCUCCUGUUAUACCAGUUUCCAGUACCUCAAGUGAAAGCUCUGGCACAAGUGUGCACACAGCUAUAACUUCCUCAGGCCCUGCUUUCACAAUUUCAUCCAGCACAUUGGAUUCUACAACAUUUAGUGGUCCAGGUGUCUCAUUGGAUUCUACAACAUCUAGUGGCCCAAGUGUCUCAGGCCCUGCUUUCACAAUCUCAUCCAGCACUUUGGAUUCUACGACAUUUAGUGAUCCAAGUGUCUCAUUUGAUUCUACAACAUCUAGUGGCCCAAGUGUCUCAGUUUCCAGUACCUCAAGUGAAAGCUCUGGCACAAGUCUGCACACAGCUAUAACUUCCUCAGGCCCUGCUUUCACAAUUUCAUCCAGCACAUUGGAUUCUACAACAUUUAGUGGUCCAGGUGUCUCAUUGGAUUCUACAACAUCUAGUGGCCCAAGUGUCUCAGGCCCUGCUUUCACAAUCUCAUCCAGCACUUUGGAUUCUACGACAUUUAGUGAUCCAGGUGUCUCAUUUGAUUCUACAUCUAGUGUCCCAAGUGUCUCAGAUUCAUUUUAUACAACUCAAGCUACUUCACCUGGCAUCUCAGCAACAUCUUCAAAAACAAGUCCCUAUGUGUCAGAUUCAUUUUAUACAACUCCAGCUACUUCACCUGGCAUCUCAGCAACAUCUUCAAAAACAAGUCCCUAUGUGUCAGCACCACAAUGUCCACCAAACAGUCAUUAUGAGCAGUGUGGCACUGCCUGUCCAGCUACUUGUGCCAACCCAGGAGCACCAUCUGAUUGCAACCUUCCAUGUGUUGAGGGAUGUAUCUGUGACCCAGGAUAUCUUCUGAAUGGCAACAAAUGUGUUCCAAGUGACAAAUGUGGAUGUUGGGAAGGAGAUAAGCAUUAUCCAGUAGGGUCAGAGUUCUGGUCAGAUGACACGUGUUCUUCAAGAUGCACAUGUCCAUCCCCUGGCAGUGGUAUAGUCUGCACUAAUACAUCAUGUCCAAACAACCAGUAUUGUGGAAUAACAAAUGGAGUUCCUGGAUGUUAUUUCUAUACAUAUGGAAUAUGCAGAAUCCACAAUGAUCCUCACUAUGACACAUUUGACAGACAAAAUCAUAAUUUUAUGGGACUUUGCACCUAUACAUUGGCAAAACCCUGCAAUAGUUCUACAUCUCUUCCAUAUUUUAAUGUUGAGGCAAAGAAUGAACAUCGUGGUGAUCCAUCAGUGUCUUUUGUGGAAAAAGUCUUGGUAGAAGUUUAUGAUCAAAAAGUACAAAUUGUGAGACAUGAGAAAAAUCGAGUAUUGGUCAAUGGCAUCUGGACUACACUUCCGGUGACCUUAGUUGGAGGAUCCGUAAAGGUGAGAUGGACUGGGAAAUAUGUUACUCUAGAGACUGAUUUCAGAUUGACAGUCUCCUAUGACACUGACACUUCAGUAGAAGUAAAGGUUCCCAGUACUUAUUCCAAACAAACUUGUGGAAUGUGUGGCAACUUUAACAACCGUAAGCCAGAUGACUUCAUGAUGCCAAAUGGACAGCAAGCAAAGAACUCUGAAGAGCUAGGUCACAGCUGGAUUGUAGAUGAUGGCGAUCCCCUGUGUCAUCCUGAUGACCCUGAGCCUACACCAGUGCCUCCAUGUUCACCAGAAAAAGAAGAGCUGUAUAAGAGUGAUGGAUUCUGUGGUCUCUUAACAAGUAAAGAUGGUCCUUUCCAAAUGUGUCAUUCAGUGGUCAACCCCUCAGGAUUCUUUGAAAGCUGCAUGUUCGACCUUUGUGCUUUGGAUGGUGAUAAAAAUAUUCUGUGCAGUUUGUUAUCAGCUUAUGCCGAUGCUUGUCAGAAAGAAGGAGUUUUAAUUAACUGGAGGAACAUCACACACUGUGAACCCAAAUGCCAAUCCAAUAGUCAUUACAAUGCUUGUGCAUCUGCCUGCCCGAUCACAUGUUUAGAACCAAACAGGCCAGAUAAUUGUAGUUUGCCAUGUACCGAAGGCUGUGAAUGUGAUGAAGGAUAUGUUAUCAGUGGAGGAACUUGCGUUUCUCAGUCAGACUGUGGAUGUUGGUAUAAUGAGACAUAUUACGAUAAAGGAGAAAGCUUCCUGAAAGAUAACUGUGAAAACAGGUGUGAAUGUCAAGGAAACAACAACAUGGUCUGUGUUCCUGUGUCCUGUGCUGAGGGUGAAAUAUGCAAAGUUGAAAAUGGCUCAUUAGGUUGUUACCGACCAAGCACUACAAUUUGUCACAUUUAUGGUGACCCUCAUUAUUCAACCUUUGAUGGGACACUUCAUCACUUCCAAGGAUCUUGUAAUUACACAGUGGCUGAGACAUGUGUCAAUACAACAAACAACUUUAUUGUCACUACACGUAAUGAACACAGAGGUUCCCAAAGCUGGACCGCAAUCAAUUCUGUUGCUCUCACUGUGGAUGGGGUGCACAUCUUACUUGACAAAGGAAACAUUGUAUAUAUUAACAACAUUUCAGUUACUCUUCCUGCUAAUGUGUCUGGAAUAGAUAUUGUACAAAGUGGUCAGUAUGUUGUUGUUACUACAGACUUUGGCCUCCAGCUUCAGUUUAAUGGUGAUCAUGAGCUUCUCAUUAAAGUAACGGAAGCAUAUAAAGGGACAUUGUGUGGAUUAUGUGGAACAUAUAAUGAUAACCGUCAUGAUGAUUUCACAAUACCCAAUGGCACAGUAGUAACUAAUGUUAAUGACUUUGGUAACAGCUGGAGAGUUCCUGAUGAUGAAUGGAUAUGUGACUCUACGCCUCCACCUCCUCCAACAUGUCCACCAACCUUAGAACAAGAGGCUGAAGGAAAGUGCUGGAUAAUAAAAGAUACUAAUGGUCCAUUCAGACCAUGCCAUAAAUACCUACGACCUCACCAAUAUUUUGAGAGUUGUGUUUUUGAUUACUGUGGCACUGGGGGAAGUGAUGACCUUCUUUGUGAAGCCUUGAAGUCUUAUGCAACAGCCUGUGAAGCUUUAGGGGUAUCUUUGGGACAUUGGAAGAAUGAUACUAUUUGUGAUCCAAAUAGAUCAACUGUGUUACCACCUGGCACAUCACCCACAUCCACACCAACAGAUGUCACAACUCCUAAAACUACAAUAACAUCUACGACUGGACGUACCACUCCACUCAUUCCAGCUCAUGCCAUCUGCAGUGCAUCUGGAGACCCUCAUUACAAUACAUUUGAUGGCGCAGUCCAUCAUUAUAUGGGAAAUUGCAGCUAUACUCUCUCUAAACUCUGCAGUGCACCUUCAGCCAACCUUCCAUUUUUCCAUGUUUAUACCACCAAUGAGCACAGAGGAUCAAACACCAAAGUUUCCUAUGUUCAGUCAGUGCACAUAGAAGUUUACAGCAAUGCAUUUACAUUGCUAAAGAACAAACGACUCAAUGUCAAUGGAACAAGAACAAAUCCACCUAUCUCUGAAGAAAACAAGUUUAGAGCCUACAUUAGUGGAAACUAUCUAGUUUUUGAAACAGACUUUGGGCUACGGGUUAAGUUUGAUGGCAAUCAUUACGUUGAUGUUACUCUGCCAUCUAAGUACAGAAACCAUGUUUGUGGCUUGUGCGGAAACUAUAAUGGCCAAUCAGGAGAUGAUCUAUUAAAGCCAGAUGGAAAUAUUGCAGCUAAUUCUAAAGAGUUUGGAGAUAGUUGGAUAGUUGAAGAGAAUAAUUUGUGUGGCAGUGAAGAUCUGGAAACUUGUGAUCCUCAACUAAGAGAGGAAUAUUCUAAAGAUACAGUAUGUGGAAUUAUCACUGAUCCUUCAGGAAUCUUUAAGGACUGUCAUGCUGUAGUACCCCCAAGCAACUACUUCGAAAACUGUUUGCUUGAUAUGUGUUUCACUGAGGGUGCAUCUCUAUCUCUGUGUUAUGCUGUGCAGGCCUAUGCGGAGCGGUGCUCAAGUGCUGGGGUUUGUGUAGAAUGGCGAUCACAGACAUUCUGUCCAAUAUCAUGCCCCGGAGGAAGCAAAUAUGAAUUUUGUGCCACAGGAUGUCCUGCUACUUGUUAUAACUUGACUUCAUCUGCAGUGUGUAAUGUUCCCCAUCUGGAAGGCUGUGUAUGCAAUACUGGAUAUCUUCUUAGCGGAGACAGAUGUGUCCCAGAAAGCGAGUGUGGAUGCAUUGAUAAGGAGAACAACUACCAUCAGCUUGGUGAAAACUGGUUCAUUCAUGAAGACUGCAGUGAACGCUGUACAUGCAGCAAAGGCAACAAUAUUGUUUGCUCUGCAUGGGCUUGUGGUGCUCUUGAGAAAUGUGAGGUGCAAGAUGGAGUUUUAGGAUGCCAUGCGUCUGGGUAUGCAGCUUGCCAUGUGUCAGGUGAUCCACACUAUUUCACUUUUGAUCAAGUGAUGCAUAGCUACAUGGGCACCUGCUCAUACACUUUAGUCAAAGUCUGUGACAGCAGCAAUAUUAUCCCGGUCACCAUCAUUGGGAAAAAUGAAGAACGUGGUCAACGGGGUGCAACAUAUCUGAAAGAAAUUUAUAUUGAUGUGUAUAACAUACGAGUAACACUGCAGAAAAGAAGAAUAACACUGGUGGAUAAUAACCGAAUCCAUACUCCAUGGACUGCCCAUCUGAAUGGCGUAUCUGUCAGUACAGUGGGAAUCUAUACUGUUGUGGAGACAGACUUUGGAAUGCGAGUUAAGUUUGAUGGAGACCAUCAUCUGGAAAUUCUUCUCCCUGAUUCUUACUUUGCAAAGGUGUGUGGUAUGUGCGGCAAUUACAAUAGUCAACAGAACGAUGAACUUCUCAUGGCUAACGGUCUCCAGGCAACAAAUGUAACAGAAUUUGGAAAUAGCUGGAAGUCAGAAAAGGACAGUGAUACAGGUUGCUUGGAUGAUACGCGAGUAGACUUAGGUCCACCAUGCAGUCCUGCUCUGAGACCAACCAUACAAAAUCAGUGCAAUGUGCUCCUCACAGACACAUUUAAGGCCUGUCACCAACUUGUCAACCCUGAUCCAUUUAUUCAAAGCUGUGUCUAUGACAUGUGUAGAUAUGACGGCAUGUUAUCUACAUUAUGUGCUAUCGCUCAAGCUUAUGUUGAUGCCUGCAAGACCAAGGGUGUGACCAUAAAAUGGAGAAACCCUAAACUGUGUCCUUUUGCAUGCCCAACCAGUAGUCACUAUACAGACUGUGCCUCCCUCUGCCCACCCACGUGCAAUAACAUAUUUGCACCUGCUGUCUGUGAUAAGCCAUCAGUAUGCAUGGAAGGUUGCGCCUGUGAUGAUGGUUAUGUGCUUAGUGGAGAACAGUGUGUCAAACUAAGUAAAUGUGGAUGUAGGGAUUCUAUGGAUAACUACUAUAAUGUUGAUGAAACUUGGAUUAAGACAGGCUGUAGAGAGAGAUGUACAUGCAAACAGGGCAACAAUAUUGAAUGUAAAACCUUCAGCUGCAAUGGUGGAAAUUGUGAUCUAAACAAACAAGGAAAAUAUUAUUGUAAACCCACAGGUUAUUCGUUUUGUGCGGUUGCAGGGGAUCCACAUUAUCGGACUUUUGAUGGCUUGAUGCAUCAUUUCCAGGGAAAAGAAAGUUACACCUUGGCAAAGACUUCAUCUGAUAUUUCUGAUUUGAUAGAGCCAUUUAUAAUAGAAAGCAAAAAUGAAGAAAUGGAUAAAUAUAGCCCAUUUUCUAUACUAAAAGAGAUGCGCAUUAAAGUAUAUAACCAUGUUAUAAUAUUCAAAAGGAAAAGAGAAAUUGUGUUGGAUGGCAUUAAAGUACUACCACCUGUAAGACCACAUGAAGGAAUACAUAUUUAUCAGAAAUCAACCAGAAUUUAUGUGGAAACAGAUUUUGGUCUUGCUGUCAAUUUUGAUGGUUUCCAAAAUGGAGAAAUUGUUGUUCCUAACACAUAUAUGACUGAACUAGAGGGUCUUUGUGGAAAUUAUGAUGGAAGGACUACAAAUGAUUUUACUAAGCCUGAUGGGGUUCAAGUUAGAGAUGUGAGAAUCUUUGGUGAGAGCUGGAAAGUUACAUCAUGGAGAGACAGUUUUAGAUACAGACGUGAAGCGGUAGAGAGACUGGACGAAGAGGUUGACGAUGAGAACAUAUUAAACACAGGUGACAAUCUGGCCUGUUCUUCAAAAGAACUUACUUACAUGAACAGUAGUUCUUUCUGUGGUGUUUUGAGAGAUGCCACUGGACCAUUUAGAGAAUGUCACCCAUAUCUUUCACCAGAGUCGUACAUCACGAACUGUCUUUUCGAUACAUGUGCCGAAUUCCAAAGCAGAGAGCUGCUUUGUGACAAUCUCGAACAGUAUGCAAUUAACUGCCAGAAAAAUGGCAGCACAGCUGAAAACUGGAGAGCACUUACUGGAUGUGCGAUGUCCUGCCCGGCUGCCAGUCUAUAUAAAGAGUGCAUGAACUCUUGCCCUGCUACUUGCAGUGAUUUGGCAUCAGAGUCAGAAUGUGAGUCACCCUGUGCUGAGGGUUGUCAGUGUGACCCUGGAUAUGUGCUCAGUGGCUAUGAUUGUGUACCCUAUAAGCAAUGUGGAUGUACCUUUGAAAACAGUUAUUACAAGAUUGGUGAAGAAUUCAUCACUGUUGACUGUACACAGAAAUGCACGUGUACUGAAAGUUCAACUCCUGACUGCGUUGAAUAUAAAUGUAAAAAUGAUGAGAUUUGUACUAUCGCAAAUUUUACCCGUGACUGCUAUGUCCCUGGACCUUGUCUUGAUAACCCUUGUGAGAAUGGUGGAACUUGUAUUGAAGACCCUCCAGGAAUGAAUUCUACCUAUGGCAUGAGCUGCUUGUGUCCAGACACGUACACUGGUUUCUUCUGUGAGGCUGAAGAGAAUGUCUACCCUGAGACAGUUAUCUACAUUGUGAUUGGAGUUAUAAUCGGAGUGUUCGUCCUUCUCUUUAUCUUUGCAUUUGCAGCAUAUUUCUGCUUAAAAUCCAGAAAAAAGAAGAAGGGAAUAAUUGAAUCAAUUGAAUCUUCUGAAAGUGGAAGCAUACGCUUAUCAAUUAGGUCAGGUGGCUCAGCAGAAAACAACUCAUCGCCAAAUAUUGAUGAAGAACAUGGGGCUGUAGUUAAUAUUGCAUUUGAGGAAGAAGUUAAUGAGAGGAAAUCUAAUGAAGUUAAGGGUGCAAGGAAACUGGAAGGUAGUGAAAAUGUGGGCAAGGCUGAAGAUCAAAAUGUGAAUAAUUCUGAUGGUGAUGUAAAUAUGAUAUCUUUUGAAGAUGAUGAAAAGACAGUUAAGAAUGCUGAAACUAAAAAUACAAAUACAACCGUUGAAAAUAAAAAUGUGACAAAGGCGGAUGAUGAUAAAAAUGGGGAGAAGUUAAACGAAGAUGAAAAUAAACCUGACGACAAAGAAAAUUCAAAGAUUUCUAAUGAAGAGGAAAAUAUGAUGAACUCUGAGGAUAGCAGAAAUGUAAAGACUGAAGAGGAUAAGAAUGAGAGGAAAGCAGAUAAAGAUGCAAAAUUGAGAAUGUCUGAAGAAGGUAGCAAGUCAGAAGAAAAUGUUAAUGUUAAUGUUGAUAAGCCUGAAGAAGGGGCAGAAGUCAGUAAGUCAGAAGAAAAUGUUACUGUUGACAAGCCUGAUGAAGGGGCAGAAGUCAGUAAGUCAGAAGAAGGGAAAAAUGUAAGCAAGUCUAAAGAAGGGGAAGAUGUCAGCAAGUCUAAAGAAGGGGAAGAUGUCAGCAAGAAUGAAGAAGGAGCAAAAGACAGCAAGCCUAAAGAAGGCGCAAAUGGCAAUAAAUCUGAAAAAGCGGUAAAGAAGGCUAAAAGUACAGAUGGAAAGUCAGAAAAAAGUAAAGAUAUCAGCAAGUCUGAAGAUCUUAGUGUAAAGAAAGCUAACACAGAUCUACUUGAAGAAACAACUGAAUUAUAGUUACCAAAUUUAUCUUUGAUUAUUAUUAUGAUUUUUUAAUAAAAAAACAUAUGCACUUUUAUGUUCCUCUAGUCUAUAUGGACAAGUUGAUUUCUUAUAUCAUAAGUCUUUCCAUAUAGGGAUUUAGAUCGUAAACUCUUCAUAGCAAGGAAUUUUUCCUGAAUGUUACAGCAAAAUGUUGAUGCACUUAUCACAUCUGCGUUUUACCAAGUAUGCUUUUAAUUUGUAAUAUAUAAAAUGUAAAAAUUGGAAACAUUUUGGAAACCUUUUCUGAUAUCUUGAAAUAAAGAAACAUAUAUUUAAACAUUAAAA